AAAAAAAUAUUAUUGUUAUUUAUAUUAAAUUAUAAAGCUCUCUUUUCUUACCAGCAUUCUUCCUCUCUUUCUUUCUAUUGAUUACCAUGGCUUCCCAGCAACAACAAGAGCAACAAUCGCUUGAAUCAAAAGCUGAGUUAACUCAGGUAGAAUUGCUGCCAAGUCUCGAAGGGGUGCAACAACAAGAACAAGAAUCGCUUGAAUCGACGGCCGAGUCAACGCAGGUAGAAUCACUACCGAGUCUGGAAGAGGUGGAAGAUAUUUUAAAAUACAAGUUCAAAGACAAGAAUUUAUUAGAAGAGGCGUUUACAGAUUCUUCGUUUCCAGAUAGAUUAUUUUCAUACGAGCGAUUGGAAUAUGUGGGUGAUUCUGUACUCAAUCUGCUAUUCACCAAGGAGCAUUAUUUCAAAUACCCGAAUUUGCAACCUGGUGCUUUGACCCGGCUUCGAGCAGCUAAUGUCGAUUCAGAAAAGCUCGCACGUGUGGCCGUUAAACUCGGUCUGCAUCGGUUUUUGCGUCACAACAAACCUCUUCUUGAGGAACAAAUCCGUGAAUUUUCACAAGCAAUCUUAGACUAUCCACUGCACUCCCAUGGAUUAGUUGAUGUACCAAAAGUUCUUGCUGAUAUUGUUGAAUCAGUAAUUGGAGCUGUCUUCAUUGAUAGUAACUCUUCAGUUGAUACCACUUGGAAGGUGUUCAAGGAUUUGUUGGAACCCAUAAUUAACCAAGAAACCCUCAAAGUACAUCCAGUUACUGAACUUUAUGAGGUAUGUCAAAAGAGAAAUCUGAAAGUAAAAUUUGUGGAUUCGUGGAGAGAAAGCAUGGCUUUCGAUGUGUUGAUAAAUGAUCAACUUAUAGGAAGAGGAACAUAUGGACUUAAGAAAGAAAUUGCUCAUAAUAGAGCAGCUAAAGACGCAUUAGAUAAUAUUGGAAGAAUAUUAGAUGAGAAACAUGAGCAAUGACUUUGUUUUAUUUAUUUAUGUGCUUUUAAUUGUAGCUGUGAUUUUGUUAAUUUAUAUAUCUGUAAAUGUCACAUUUUUAAUGGAGUUAGCCUACUUUUCUUUGA